AUAGAGUCCCCCAGAGAAAACGGAAGCAGAAACGACCAGAUUUACUCUAAGUAUGCAACUAGGGAAAAUGGCCUUCAGAAGUGUCAGGCUGAUUUAUGAGCAGUAGAUAGAAAAUAAUUGCCGACGCGUUUAUAAUUAAAAGAAUAAAACCCGAGUCUUCUUUUUUGGGGACUGAUGGCUUUUGUCGGCCUCUGAUUGACUAGCGUGAUAAAAUGAUCCAUCAUCUACAGUAGGUAAGCAGGCAAUUAGUAAUCCCAAAGUUGACUGAGGAGAGAAUUUCAUAACAUGACUUCUGCAAUAGAGGAAAAAGAGCUAGAAGAGAGACUGAGAGAAGCUGCUGCUUUGGGGGAUAUUGAGGAAGUUCGGCGAUUGGUGGAUUUUGGAGUGAGUGUGAACUCUCAGAAUGAAAUCAACGGCUGGACUUGCUUGCACUGGGCCUGUAAACGAAAUCAUGCCCAGGUCGUGGCAUACCUUCUAGAGGCUGGCGCAGAUAAAGACAUUCUCACUGUUAAAGAAGAAAAAGCACUCCAGUUAACAUCCAAAAGGGAAAUUAGGAAGAUGCUGGGAGUGGAAGAGGAUGAUCUUUUGGAUGUGAAGAAAGACUUGCCAAUUAUCCCAAAUUAUUUAUCUAACCCUCCUUUUCCUUAUGUGUAUAACUCCAUGAGUAACAGCACUACCAGCACCUCAACUUCCUCUUUGAAUGGAAGACUUUCUCCUCCUUUACAAAAACACAACCUGGACACUCCAGUUUCUUUGCCUCCAUUACAAACAUCUGGCACAGCAGUAUUGCAACAUGGAAAGGCUUCUGUAGGAUGUGAUGGAGAUGUGACAAAGGCAAUCACUAUGGAAUGCUUGGAGCCCGUUGUUCAGAAUGGCCACGCUCAUCAGCUCUCUGUUCCUCCGAGUAGGACACACUGUUCCCCAGCUGGAUCUAUACAACCAGAAACCCAGCAACCCAGUGGCCCUUACACAGGAGCUGUCCCAACAUUUCAGCCCUUCUUCUUUACUGGAGCAAUUCCCUUCAGUAAUACGCAAGAACUGGUACUUAAGGUCAGAAUUCAAAAUCGUACCUUGAAGGAGAAUGACUUCAUUGAAAUUGAAUUGGAUCGACAAGAAUUGACAUACAAAGAAUUGCUUAGGGUGAGCUGCUGUGAAUUGGGUGUUAACCCCGAAUAUGUGGAGAAGAUCAGAAAGCUUCCAAAUACAGUAUUAAGAAAGGACAAAGACAUCUCGAGACUUCAAGAUUUCCAAGAACUGGAGCUUGUUCUAAUGAUGAGUGAUAAUGACUUUAUGUUUAAAAAUGCAGCACCAGCACUGACUGAAAGGCCUUGUUAUAACAAGAAAGCAUCAAAACUAACUUACUAAAUAUUGAAUUAAAAGUUUCAUUCUAGUAUUUAACUAUUAAACCUAGAAUACUCUAAGGGCUAUAUCAUUAACUUUUACUGUACCGUGGAAAGUAUAAUUAAAUGACUGAGCAUAUAUCUUUGAAAACAAGCUCAGUUGAAAGAGUUGGACUUGUUUUUAAUUUAAUAUGCUAAAGGUGAUGAUAUACCUGCAUUUCAUAAAGUGACAAGUGGAAUACCCUAACCCAUGUAUGAUCUUUCUUAAAAGGAAAUUGUUUCUUCUUGGAGUACAACAAAAUAAAAGUUCUCAGGGAAAUAAAUUAAUGGUUCUAAUAAUUGCUACUAGUAAAAAGGAGGCACAAUACAUUGAAAAAACUGAAUAUGUAAUGCAUUUAAUGCUGGGAGCAGGAUAUUUCAAAUGCAGUUGUCUAGAUCUGAAUAUGCAACUUGAGAAAGAGAUAAUUUUACAGGAAGGAGCAAGGAGAGAUGUGGACUUUUGGACAUUGGCCUAUUGAAUCGAGAUUAAUUUUAAAAGUAAUCACAUUAAUGCACAUUUACAUAUUUUUGGCAGUAGCGCCUUGCAAAUAUAUAAGUGAAGUGUGUUUUGCCAUUGCUGAUGGCAAGAGGAGCAGCUAAUUUUGUGAUCCCAGAGAAAAACCUAUCUUGCUACCUUUACUGAUCCUGCCUGGGAUAAAAUAUCGAAGAGCUUCUGUAAGAGACAGAGGCCGUGCAAUUUAGAAAUUAAAGAAAUGGUUCCUUCCACUUGUUGAUAUGCUGCAGCAAGGGAUGCUGCCAAUGUCCUUAGGAAAAUUUGUAUUUCAGAAAGAAGCACAUUGACUGUUUUAACAAGCUAGCCAAGUAGCUAAAUCAGUUGUGAUUUCUUUGAAAUGGUGCUCAGAUAAAAUAUUAGAAAAUAUACUUUACUGUAUUAAUCCAGACUUUAAAUAGUGUUAACCAAAACUCUGUGUAUGUGAGUAUAAUCCAGAACUGCUUAGCAGUAAAUAAUGCAAAAUGAUUGGUACUGUUUGGACUAAUUUUCUUUCCUUGCUUUUCUUUUGUCUAUUUAACCUUGAGAGUUUUCCUGAGGAGCAAUCGAGAUGUCUACACUGUAGCCUGGUUCUACAGAUGAAAUUAGCACAAGUUCCUUCUGCCUCUAAUUUUUUAUCCUAUUUAUCCUCAGGUUCUUUACAACUGUUAUGCAUUUAAAGGAAAGCUUGUAGCAUCUUAGAUAGCAGAAAUAUUUUAAUAUCAAGAUAAGUAAUACAUCUUGCAAUUUCUAUGCAUUUUUGACAGUGUUGCUUGCAUUCCAUAUAAGCAUGUCUAAACUUUUUAUUAUCUUGCUAGUUCAGGUUCUGUAAUAAUACUCUGAUGCCAAAUCCCAGGAAAAAAACAGUAUG